ACAGAUCGGUCGUAAAAAUAUUUUCCAAGUUCUUGCCGUAGUAUGUAUUUGCAAAUAAUUUCGCGUCGGUUUUGUGCCUGUACGUUUCGAAGCAAAUUUCCGCUGCCUCGUGGGUGAUGAGCAUAGAAGGAGGGGAAGUGAAAGAACGCGCGCGAAAAUAAGAAAUGGUGUCGCGUUUACUUUUCUAGUUUGCACGCUAUAAGCGCAGUUCGUGGAGCAGCAGUAAAGUGGCUGUCAUGAGUUCAUAAAAGUGGGUGGCGCGAUUCGCGGGGAAGUGAUGGAGAAGUGCUCAUUUUCGAAGCAAAUAAACUAGAACAGGUGCUAAUACUACUACCACUACUACUGUCUAGGUACAGAUACCUACGUAUAGACAGAUAGGAACGGGUUUAGCCUUUGGUGGGGCCGAUGUCCGGGAUCCGUAUACUUCAUGCCAAUAAAUGUUGUGUCUGAUGUUUGCCGCCUGUUAUCACUGGGUAAUGUUGGAAGGAAGCGGCAUCUAACGCGUGCCAACAAUCGACGGUUUAAUGGAUAAUGCACAGUUCAUGUAAAAUCGUGGAUGCGAUCGGCAGGUUUUUAUUUGUGAACGUGCAACUACCAAAGUAAAGAGGAAGAGGAGGUACGCUGCUGAAUCAUAAAUGGCAAUGAUGUGAUUAUGUGCAAAGUGCGAAGGAUUCCUUGAAUUGUGUUGAAGGAAGCAAUUUCACCUUCAGGUGUUUAUAUCGCUAAACUUUGGAAAGGGAAUCGUUUGGUUGGUCCGUUUCGCGAGCAUAUAAUACGACAUGGUUGUGUUUAGGCCUGUGCUGUAAGCGAAGGAUACCGGCAAAGUUCAAAGUUUAUGGAAUAUUUAUUUUUAGAACUAGACUUCCAGUAAUCAAUUCUGAGACGUUCGAGAUAAAUGUAGAUUUUGCUGAAGAUUGAAAACUGUGACUAUGUAUAGCGGGAGGUGGCAUUGAAUAAUUUAGAUCUGUCAAAGUAACAAUCACAGGAAGCAAUAAACCAUUCAAAUCAUGGACACAUCCCCUAUGAAAAACAACCGAAAGGUUCGCUUUUCUCUACCGGACAACAACAUUCCAGCAAUGCCAGCGGCUUUACAAAAACAGCGUCUAUCCCACGGCACUUUGCAGUAUGUGAACGGAACUCUGGUGAGCCAACCUGCAACGCCUGCUCCAAGCCCAUGCACGGGUGCUCAGCUACAAUCUCGCCCGGCCAAAGUCAAGGAAUCAAACACAAAAAUUGUUUUGCACCUGCGACCCUCAACCGGGAUCGAUAAAUUCGACAACAUGGAGGUUUGUCCAAAGUCUGCCAACGGUACACUCGAUAAGGGUCCGCGGAAGCCACCCAGGUCAGGCAUCCCAAAACUCGAAACAAGGGCCUACCGAACACUCCCACAAAUCAAUCAAAAGUUCCCCAGUAGUGAAGACCUUAAUCACGCGAAUGGCACAGCUCGAGACUUUUGUCAUAGGCAUAAAACAAGUGAGGAUCUGGGGUCCAAAGGAACAGAUGCCAAUAACAAUGUACAACAAAUUAGGAAACAAACGUUUAUGCUAAGAUCUGUUUCCAAUCUGAGUUCCAAUUCUGCGCCAAAAAUUCCUCCCGGUAGACCCAGAUCGAAAUCGAUGGGUAAAAUCAGUACCAACAAAAGCGGGAAAGCACUGAUAUCUUCGCACCUGCAGCAGCACGAAAGCAACGUCACCAUCAAAGUGCUGGAAAGUACCUCAACACGAAGAACCUUUCCAGCGGAAAACUUCGAACUAAACUCAAACAAACGUCACGGUGAGCAAAGGAAUUGUGGGAUUGGAAACGAUUCCACCAGCGGUACUGCUAGCACCAAACCCAACUCCCAGUAUGCCAAGUGUAAUUUUCUAACGGUGCCAGAGUUCAGCGAUCGGUUCGAUGGCAUGGAAACUGCUGUUUCCACUUCCGUCGCUGCUUUCGACGAUGACGAGGAAGAGGAGGGUGAUGAUGGAGAGACAAACCCCAUCGUAGAUUCUAGUAAUCGAACUAAUGGUGUUGACGUUAUUGAGUUGAAAAAAAGUGGUAGUGGAGCCCAUAGCUCUAAACGUGGUGCCAAUGGGGCUGGGCUGGGGAGUAAUGGUGCUAACGAAACGAAAGCUCCCACGGUGCUGAACGAUGCGGGCUUCAACUGUAUCCAAGACACCAACCUAGGGCGGGAAAGAAACGUCCUCCAGUUCUGGGACUUUGUCGAGCGAUGGCGCGCGAACCGGACGUUGAAAAAGCUCGACAGCUCGCACGACAGCUUCACCCGCAGUGGUAGCAGCGGAAAUGGUAGCGGACCAAAUGGCUUUGCGAAUGCUGGUUCCGACUCGCCAGUACAGAUUGGCGGUUCGAGCAAGUCAGACGUGAAAAGCCCAACACUCAGCUCCCGGAUACGAGCACUCAGGAUGAGCAUGGAACAAGUGCCCACAGUGACAACGCUGCUGAGGGCCUCACGCGAUGCCAACGAGCACCUACUGAAGGAAGUGUUUCGGGACAUCCUGGAGAAUGGCAUUUCCCGGGAGAAUCUCAACUCAACAGAUCGCAGUGGACGGACAGCCAUUUCGUACAUCUGUUCUACAAACUUGACAAACUUCUUGGAACUAUUUCUGCAGAUACCGGGAAUCGAUGUAAACAAACCGGACAACGAGGGCAACACACCGCUUCACUUUGCUGCACAGGCCGGACUCUCUGACAUCGUCAACAUGCUAAUCACCAAGUGCCGAAGUUUGGUAAUUGAUCCCAAAAACAACCUUGGCUUCACACCACUGAUGAAAGCUGCCCUCCAGGGAAGGACCCGUUGUGCCAAGCUGUUGCUUUUCGCUGGGGCAUCGCCAGUAGAGACCGAUACCGGACGGGGAUUUAGAGCGGAGCAGUGGGCUCGAUUUUGUGGAAGACACUCGUGUGCCGAGACGAUAGAACAAUGUGCCCGAGCACGACUGCUGGACAAAUCUACGCCAUGUGGCAAGUGGUCCCAUGACAUAAAUCUUCCGAUCGAAAAGAACGCCUUGAAGGCAACCAGAAGCAGCAGUAUCACACCACAAACAACUAGCCAAAAUGGAAUUCGUUCCAAGUUCCGCAAAGUAUUUCCCUUCAAUUUCUCUUCAAAAGACAAGCAGGCUUCGAAGGAAGUUGACGAGAACUAUACCAAAGAUUUGGUAAAUUAUCUCAAAUCAGCCACAAUUUGCGUCAGCGGACCAGCGCUGUCUGCCAACAGGAAGAUUAUUCAGAGCCUUAUCCGACCACUAGAAGUGCCAAAACUAGAAGUGACUUACGCCAACAAUAAUGCACUUAUCAAAAAGUACGAAGCUGCGGAUUACGGCAGCAGCGGUACGGAGAUCGUAGACGAGCGACGAGAGUCUUCACCGGUACCAACGGCAGCGAGAGGAAAGGUCAAAAAUUAGUAGCCAGUGACACCAAUUCUUCAAUACUCUAAGUUUAAAUAGAGCAAAGUAAUGCUUGAAUAUCAUAGUUUUUCUAAUAAAUAGUUCUUAAUCUCUUUAUCAGUAACUGUUAAUAUUUCUUAUACAUAGUUGAUACACCAAAAAGUGCAUUGAGUUGACAUACCAGCGUUUUCUGCUAUAGUGUCUAAAAACCUGAAAUAUUGUAUGUAAUCUUCCUUGUCGAAAUACCUUCUUCUCUAGCUUGUAAGUAAGCAUUAUUAAAAUAUAACUACUUCGGAUAGACUGUAACGGAGAAGAUUUCCUUAACGAAGACUAUUUACUACAUGUUUACAUGAAUCUCUACAGAUACGAUAUAGUAACCAUGAUUGUAGUGAAUAGAGCUUACCAAUCUGUAAUACCAACAAAUACAUGAAUAGUACUUUUUACUCAAGCUGAUGUAAUUUAUUUAGGCAUAAGAGCACUCACUGCUGGGCGAAAAAAAUGUCCAAUAAAAAUAGAUAUUAAAUAA